CGGAGAUCUGCCCGUGCGGGCUUUGGCCGGUUCGCCUUCUGCUGCCGAUGCAAAGAUAAGUUUGGGAGAAAGCAACAAUCUUCUGGCCAUACUUCUACAUCAGUCUCCUAACCCACAAGUAGCAAGCAAUGUUCCGCAGCAAUUCAGCGUCGUCUCCGGCAAACUUGUAUUGCGGUUCACUUUCCUAUAGACGAAGGGUCGUUACAUCCUAUAGACGUAGGGCAAUUGAUAUUACUCUGUCUCCGGUGUAUAUGUUAGAGGAUGGAAGACCGUGCGUGGAUGUACACUGGCCGCCCAAGUCAGGCUGGGAUGACUAAUGAGUGGAUCAACAAGACCGAUGCUUUCUUGGAAAUGGCGUUUGGUGAAGCUGCUAAAGGAGCGAGUAUGGUUCUCUGCCUAUGCAGCAAGUGUGCAAACAGGAAAAGACAAAAUAAGAAGAACAUGGGGGAACAUCUUUGCAAAGAAUGGAUUUACGGCAGACUAUACCCGGUGGAUCUACCACGGUGAAGCCAAUCGUAUGAGAGAGGAUGUGGUGAGACCACGUGUCGAGGAUUAUGAUGCUGAUGCCGGUGUAGCAGACAUGUUGGAUGACUAUGGGGAGGCAUGGUUCGCUGAGGGACAAACGGAGGAGGAGCCAGAGGCGACCGCAAAGGCGUUCUACGACAUGCUUGCCGCGUCACAUAAACCCCUUCAUGGACAUACGACGGUUUCUCAGCUUGAUGCCAUUGGACGCAUAAUGGCGUUAGAGUCGCAGUACAGCCUGAGUCGAGGCGCCUUUGAUGGUUUGUUGACAGUUAUUGGCAGCCUGCUUUCGAAGGGUCACAUUCUGCCAAAGAGCAUGUAUGAGGGACGGAAACUCCUUCGUGCACUCAAGAUGCCGUAUGAGCAGAUACAUGCUUGUAAGAAUGGGUGCGUCCUAUUUAGGAAAGAAUACGCGGAAGCAAGGAGCACGAGUGCGAGCCCAGACAUACGACCUCGGCAGGACACUUCACGCCAUCAGAUACAGGCACUCCAGGGCCGGCUGGAAGAAGAGACGAGGAAACGACAGGAGUUGGAGCAAAGGAUGAGUGAUGUACUUACUUACAUGCAGAGUCUUAGCGCUGCAACGGGUGUACCUCCGCCGCAACGGGUGUACCUCCGCCAGCUUCUCUGUUCGCGCAACCUCCACCACCUGAUGCGUACUCUACUCCUAGACAAUCGGCGGCAUCAAAUGAUCCGCAUGCUACGCCAUCUUCAAAUCAGGCAACUCCAAAUCAGCCAUCUCCAAAUUUGCCAUCUUGAAAUCUGCCACCUUGGUGAUAGUUCUUGAAAUCGAAAGAGAGGGAUUUGAGAACCUUCACUUUGACAUUGGAAAGACUUGUUGGCGAUGGCAAAGAGACUAGUUGUUGUAAAACUUGUAUUGCACUUUGUAGACUUGGCAUUUGAGAACCUCUAUCGUUGUUAACUCUUGUGUGGUGAACUUGUGUAUGUGAUUUUAGUUGUGUGAUGAUGAGACUUUGGUAAAUUUGGUUGUGUGAUAAUAAGACUUGGGUGAAUUUGGUUGUGUA